AUGGUGGCCAAAUACUUGAUUCUUGCUUGUGCUUUGGUAGCAACUGCUCAAGCUGGCUUAUUGCACGCAACUGCUGGUGUGGUUGCACCUUAUGCUUCAUCAUAUAAUGCACAUCAUAUCAACCACGCCGUUGCUUUUCCAGUAGCACCAGCACCAGUAGCAGUACCAGCACCAGUCGCAGUACCAGCACCAGUAGCUCCUGUUGCUUUUGCUGCACCAGCAAAAGUAGCUUUUGCAGCACCACUUCCGGCGCCAGUUGCUUUAGCCGCACCAGCAAAGGUAGCUUUUGCAGCACCUUUACCAGCUCCACUUGCAGUACCAUCACCACUUGCCGUGCCAGCUCCAGUUGCUUUAGCUGCACCAGGAAAAUUUGGAUUUGCUGCUCCAAUACCCGCACCAGUCAGUUUCGCGGCACCAGCUAAUAUUGGUUUAGCUGCUCCAUUUGCAGCGCCUUUUGCCGCAGCACUUCCAGCACCGUUAGCUGCCCCAUUCGCGGGUCCAUUAGCUGCUCCAUUGGCCGCUCCGUUAGGUGCCCCUCUGGCUGCUCCAUUAGGUGCUCCACUGGCUGCUCCAUUAGGUGCUCCUUUAGCUGCUCCAUUAGGUGCUCCUUUUGCUGCUCCAUUACCAGCACCAGUUGCUUUUGCUGCUCCUGCACCAGUUAAAGUUGGAUUCGCUCCUUCACCACUAGCUCUUGCAGCGCCCGCUAAAUAUGCUGCUUUCGGUGCACCUGCUUCUUACUUCAUCUAAGCCAACAGAAAAGACUCAAUACCUAAUCGUCCUAUUAGUUAAGUUUAGUAUGUAGUAAGCGCUAU